UUGGUCCAUUCGUUGUUUAUUUGCACGGACGCGCGAUAUACAGACGAAAAAUGCCGAGAAAAAGAGGUCUUUCUACUCCCGAAACGCGAAUAGGAAACUUCCAGAUCAAAGCAUGCAAGGAUAAUCCAUGGAUUUGUGGAAAGGAAGCGGCCUGUCGUAGCUUCGCGGAUAAUACAUCGAAAUGUGUGUGUCCUCAUGACUUAUCGUUGCCGACAUCAGAUUUAAAAUGUCCAAAUCGUCUAAUCGUUCCUUUAACGCCUCGUCCUAUAUAUAACAUAAUACCUCCAAGCGGCAACAACAGCACAAACAGCACAAAUGUACUUCCGGAAGCUGAACAGGUAGUGGGAUUGAAAUACAAAGUACCUGAAAUCAUAGGAGUAGUUGUAGCUUUUGUCGCGGUAAUUGUGCUCUUAUUAAGCAUUGUAUAUGGCGUAAGAAAACGGAGUUACAACAUCAAAUCGCAAAGAAGUCCUUUAGAUGGAACUCCAAUAAAUUUGAAGAAAGACUUAUUAUUAGCGCAUAAGUAUACGUCUAAUCCUCAAUAUUUUACCUGCACGCCUCCGGGGGUUCCGAUAAUACAACGUGAAAAUCUUAUAUUUCUUCACGACAUCGGUGAAGGGUGCUUUGGAAAGGUUUACAAAGGCGAGUGGCACAAUGGAGACACGAAGGAGAUUGUCGCUAUAAAAGUUCUGAAAGAUACUGCCACGCCCGAAACCGAGCAGGACUUUAUGCGCGAAGUGGACAUCAUGUCUACGUUCGGCCAUGCGAAUAUUUUGUCCUUAAAGGGCAUGGUACUUCGAGAUACGACGAAUAAUCCGUGGAUGGUAUUCGAAUAUAUGCCGUAUGGUGACCUCGCCGAAGUACUACGAGCAAAUUCCUCGCAAUUAAGAUCUUCGAAACCUGAAUUACAGCCAUUAACGAAGGAUUCGCUACACUGGAUAUCGAUUCAAAUUGCGGCCGGCAUGACGUAUCUGUCAGCGCAAAGAUUCGUGCAUCGUGAUUUAGCGUGUCGAAACUGCCUGGUGGGCUCAGGCUUAAUAGUGAAAAUCGCUGAUUUCGGCAUGUCACGAGAUAUUUACACUUGUGACUAUUACAAGAUUGGAGGAUCACGUUUGCUGCCAGUACGUUGGAUGUCGCCGGAAAGUGUAGUAUAUGGCAGGUUCACGUUAGAGACCGAUGUAUGGAGUUUUGGUGUAGUUCUUUGGGAAGUUUACUCAUUUGGAAAGCAGCCAUACUACGGAUUCAAUAACGAAGAGGUCGUGAAACUCAUACUUCAAGGGACAAUGCUUAUUCCACCAGACGAGUGUCCGCCCAUCGUUUGCCAAAUAAUGCAUGAUUGUUGGAAGAUCGAACCGCGGGAACGAAUCAAAUUUCCCGAUAUUCUGGAGAGGCUAGAAAAAACACAAAACGAAUUAACCCGGCAAGGAACGUUGCCCAGACCGCCGCAAGGUCCAGUGCUGUUACGAACCCCGGACGUUUUGGAUCCGGAUGGCUACUUGCUUCCGGCUCCUGCGAUCCCUCGCGAGUAUCUGCAGACCCUUCCAGCUGUGUCCGAUUGA